AGAGUACCAUCAACAUCCUACGCUUUUCCGCUCACACUGCAAUUGCUUUAUCAUUUUACACUGCAUUAUCCUAUAGAUGACCAGACAAGAUUUCCCCUCCCAUUUUCAUCCACAUGAUAACAUCUCUCGUUAUCAAUUAACGACCCAGCCGGUCCACAGCAGCGCAACAUGACGAAUGAUGCUGCAGUAGCCACCGCGGCAUCUUUAAGCUUAUACUUUCUUACAUUCAACUGUGCGCGCACACUCGUAGAGCCGGAAGCUCUAGGCGCAUAUCUCUUUCAGGCCCUUCCGCGGCCCUCACCCUCUCCAAAACCUACCGGCAAUGAUGCAUUUCAAGAUGGCACGGCCGGCCCCCGCGCAACCGCGAGCUCAUCUGCUUCAUUCUCAACACCUGAACAUAUAGCCCUUCCCGAUGUUCUAGUGCUGUCACUGCAAGAAAUUGCCCCAGUGGCAGAAUCAUUCCUCGGCGGCUCGCAUCUGGAACCGUACCUGGAACGAAUACGACGAGCAGUAGACUAUGCUGUUUCCAGAGCCGUUGACGACAAUGAUAUUAGCACUGCCAACCCAGAGAUUCAAAGCGAUGAGGAAAGUGACGGAAAUACCGACCGUUCUGCCCGGCGACCUCAAAGCGAACACAGCACGCGCGAAGAAAACACACAUCUCCUCCGCCGGCAUCGAGCCAAGGUUGCCAAGCAUGACGCCAGUUCGAGGCCAAUCUAUAAAAACAUCAUUGUACGCAAUGUCGGCAUGACGGCGCUAAUGAUAUUCAUGCGCGAGGACCAGAUCGACCGGAUUGCACACAUCCACACCGCCGGCGUUGGGCUCGGGCUAUGGGGAAUGGGUAACAAAGGCGCGGUCGGAGUGAAAUUAGGACUCUUACCCAGCCCCCCACCAGCAGGCCGCGGAACACAAGAGGACUAUGCCAAUGUAACGGAAGUCGCAUUCGUCGCUGCGCACUUGGCGCCCAUGGAAGACGGCUUAUCCAGCCGAAACGAAGACUGGAAUAACAUUGCCAGGGGACUAGUAUUUACGCCUUUGCGGGAGAACGCACUGCGAUACAUCAAAGGGCAAAAGCCAAUUAGGGACCAUAGUUCUGCAACAACUAGGCACACUGUCUCAACGCCAUCUGGCGCUCAUAGCGCUGAAGCCGAGGCCGAGCGUACUCGACCGGUCCAAGCCGACGAAGCAGAACCCCUUCUCCACGAUUCCGUCGCCGAAGACGACAACGAUAACCACAACAGCAACGUCCCAUUAUAUUCCGGCCUCUACAGUCCCAGCACCUCAUACGUUUUCUUCGGCGGCGACCUCAACUACCGCACCUCCGACCGCGGUCCCUCCCCAGACGACCACAAACUCUACCCCCAACCAACAUCCGACCAGACGAGCAAGAUGCACUUCUCGCACCUCCUCGCAAACGACCAACUCACUCGCGAGAUGAAAGCGGGUCAUGUCCUCCAGGGCUUCCGCGAAGCGCGCAUCACUUUUCCCCCUACAUACAAGUACUCGUCCAAACAACCUGCCCUUGUCCCGGAUGAAGCACUGGAUCAAUGGGCGUGGUCCCCGCAUCGCUGGCCCAGUUGGUGUGAUCGCAUUUUAGUAUUCGACGGUGGACUCAACGCUCAUUCUGGGUCUACUGCGCCCUCCUCGUCCUCAUCAUCAUCACCAUCGUCACCAGAUAUUACAUUGCCAACGAACAAGUACAGCCACGUCUAUACCGCGCUGCCAGUCAUGCCGACUUCUGAUCACCGACCUGUUGCGCUCUCUAUAAAUGUCCCGCUUCGACCCGAGGUCCGCCGUGCGGAGGCCUUGUCGAGGGACGAUGGCUUGUCAGGGGAGGAUGAUCUGCGCGUGUCGCCCCCGCUAGAGAUGGAUCCGCUGUGGCGCGAGAAGAGAAGUGCAGGGCGAAGGAAAGAACUCGCUGUAGGCGUACUGGCGUAUUUGGGUCUCACGUGGGAAGGGAAUGGAUUGUUGUUGGCUACGAUUAUUGGUGCUGUUGGCGGGUGGUUGUUGCUUCGGUCUGUAUUGGCGGGUUAAUCUCAAGCGUCUUGCAUGUUACCGCGCUCGGGUUGAUUUUAAUGUAGGUAUAACACAAAUUUGUUAUGCGGAUAAAUCCUGCGUUGUUCGCAAUUGGUACUGCAUGCCAGUCUCGGUUACAACGUGCUCCUUUUUAGGCUUUGAGGAUGCAUUGUGAGCCGAUUGACUUGGACCGCGAUGUUGAUUCUAAAUGGCUUGGCUUGCUUUUAUCGUUAUGUGGGGAUAAAGCGCUAAUAGUGUGCUGCGUAAUCAUCUCAGCUAGAAAGGAAAGGAGAGCUGAAUAAGUUAUGUACAUAGUUCUGAUGGAUAUAGAAGUUUUAUUUUUAAUAGACCGUAUCACGAUUGAUGACGGUUUG